AUGUCGAAUAUUGAAGCUUCGGGUUCUGUUAAGGAGAGCCGUGAUCAGGAGAAGGACGGUAUGGCUGCUGAUGAUGUGUCGUAUCAUGUCAGCACUGUCAAUGAACUUGGUAACGUUGUUGAUCCUGUUUUGUCGGCUAAGAUCAAUCUUGUCAACGAGACCAUCAAUGAAAUUGGAUGGACCAAUUUCCAUCUCAAGCUAUGCUGUCUCACAGGCUUUGGCUUCGCAGCUGACUCCCUGGUAGCCUUUCUCCAGAGCGUUGCAGCCGGCCAAGCCUACCUUGAGAUCGGUCAUGGAGGCUAUCCUACUGGCUCAACUAUGGCUCUGUAUGCAGGACUCCAGAUGGGAGCUCUCUUCUGGGGUUUCGGUGCUGAUAUCAUCGGUCGAAGAAUCGCCUUCAAUACUACUCUCUUCAUCGCUGCCAUUGCUACCAUCGUUGCAGGAGCUGGUCCCAGCUGGGUCGCCUUCUGUGUCUUCGUUGCCUUUCUUGGCUUUGGAGCAGGUGGUAAUCUUGUUUUGGACCCAACUGUCAUGCUGGAGUUUGUCCCUGCGAAGCAGCAGUGGGUUAUUACUGCUAUGGCUGGAUGGUGGGGUAUUGGUCAGGCCAGCGCUGGCUUCAUCGCCUGGGGCUACUAUUCUCGAAACGAUUGGACUUGCGUCGCUACGGUCGAGACAUGCACAUGGCAGAACAACAAAUCUUGGAGACUCAUCAUGUUCACCGGCGGAGCCCUCAUGUUCGUCAUGUCUGCCCUGCGUAUCCUCAUCAUCCGACUCCCUGAGACUCCAAAGUUCUUGGUUACCAACGGCAAAGAGGAGGAGCUUGUUGCUAUGCUUCAGAAGCUUGCCAGCACCUACAAGAGACCUUGCUCAUUGACGCUUGAGGGUCUUCAGGCUUGUGGUACAGCUCAUAUUCCCGAGCACGGUGGUAGCAAGGGAUUGGCUGUUCGUGGCUUGGGUAAGAGUCUCGUUGGCCACGUCAAGGGACUCUUUUCGACCAAGAAGCUGGCUCUGUCGACUUGUCUCAUCUGGUUGUCUUGGACUUUGAUCGGUCUUGGAUAUCCUCUGUUCUUCCUCUAUCUCCCAUCCCUUCUCAGCAGCCGUCUUCCCGACUACAAGCCGUCCUUCACCGAGACCUGGCGCGAUUACACCAUCACCAACAUCUGCGCCAUCUUCGGGCCUCUCAUUGCUGCUGGUCUUGCUGAAGUGGGCUUCCUUGGACGACGAUACACAAUGGCCAUUGGAGCUGUGAUCACAGCCAUCUUCUUCUUCUGCUACACCAUCAUCAAGACUCCUGCUCAGAAUCUUGCCAUAAGCAGCUGCAUCUCUGUUUGCAUCAACCUCUACUACGGUACACUCUACGCAUACACUGCUGAAGUGUUCCCGUCUGAGCACCGGACUACAGGCAAUGGUAUCGCAGUCUCGCUUAACCGUAUCAUGGGUCUCCUUUCCGCUGUCAUUGCGGUGACUGCUGAUACUACCACUAUAGCUCCAUUGUACAUCUCUGGGGCUUUGUUCUUUGUCAUGGCUAUCGUUUCUGUCAUUCUGCCAUUCGAGCCAUAUGGUCGAAGUGCAUCUUAG